UUCAGAAUUAUUUUCUUUAUAUGUGUAUGCGCGUGUGUGUACAUGCGUGUAUCCAGAAAAAGCAGUGUUGACGACGUUAGUCGUAAGAGUUAGAUACUGUUGCAAACGUGGAGAAGUUUUAACGCAGGCAAAUAUACUUAUGAAUGUAAUUUCUAUUUAAGCAUAAUUUCAACAAAAAUGACUUACAAAGUUAUAAUUGAUCCUACAAAUCCCCCAAUAGAUGCAUUAAUAGUAGUAGAGAUAAUCAAUUCCCAAAAUAAAGAAAAAAUUGAAAUAAUUUGGCCCAAUGAUUGGAAGUGUGAUGGAAAUAUACAACUAACUGAUAGUCAGAAUAAAAUAUUGGGAAAAAGAAGCAGCGAUGUUAGUCGUUACUUUGCUAGAACUAUAUGUACAAAUCUUUAUGGUGGUGUCAAUCCUUGUGAGAAGACUCAAGUUGAUCAUUGGUUAUCAUUUGCAAUUGGACCUCUAGGAUCUUAUCCUUUGAAGGAAGAUGCACUUUCUUAUUUAGAUAACAUAUUAAUGACAAAUACUUGGUUGGUCUCUAAAAAAUUAACAAUUGCUGAUAUCCACAUAUUUUGUGUUCUUAUAGAUAAGAAAUUUCUAACACAGUUUGAAAAAAAAUUUAUUAAUAUAACCAGAUGGUAUAAACAGAUGCUUUCAUUACCAACUGUGACAGAAGUAUUACUUUCAGUUAAAAAGAAUGCUAAAUUGUCUUCUGAUAAUAAUGCACCAUCUGAGAAAACUAUGACUAAACAAAUAGGACAAAGAAAACAGGAAGGUAAAUUCAUUAAUUUACCUGGUGCAGAAAUGGGUAAAGUCAUAGUACGUUUCCCACCAGAAGCAAGUGGCUACUUACACAUUGGCCAUGCUAAGGCUGCUUUGUUAAAUCAAUAUUAUGCACAAAAAUUUCAAGGACAGCUCAUUAUGAGAUUUGAUGAUACAAACCCUGCAAAAGAAAAUGUAGAAUUUGAAAAAGCUAUUUUAGAAGAUUUAGAGUUAUUGCAAAUCAAACCAGAUAAAUUUACUCACUCUUCUGAUUAUUUUGAUUUGAUGUUGGAAUACUGUACUAAAUUGAUAAAAGAUGGUAAGGCAUAUGUAGAUGAUACACCAGCUGAUAUAAUGAAAGAACAACGUGAUCAGAAAUUAAUGUCGUCAAACAGAAAUAAUUCUAUUGAAAAGAAUCUUGAAUUAUGGAAUGAGAUGCAACAAGGUUCUGCUAAAGGCCAGGAAUGUUGUGUUAGAGCAAAAAUUGAUUAUCAAUCAACAAACGGAUGUUUACGAGAUCCAACGAUUUAUAGGUGCAAAUUACAACCACAUCCUCGUACUAGUACAAAAUAUAAAGUUUAUCCAACAUAUGAUUUUGCUUGUCCUAUUGUUGAUGCUGUUGAAAACAUUACUCAUACUUUACGUACAACAGAAUAUCAUGACAGAGAUGUUCAAUUUUACUGGAUAAUUGAUGCACUAGGAUUGAGACGACCUUAUAUAUGGGAAUAUUCACGUUUGAAUAUGACACACACAGUUUUGUCAAAAAGAAAAUUAACUUGGUUUGUUGAUCAAGGCUUAGUUGAUGGUUGGGAUGAUCCACGUUUUCCAACAGUAAGGGGUAUUUUGAGAAGAGGGAUGACAGUUGAAGGAUUAAAACAGUUUAUUAUUGCUCAAGGUAGUUCAAAAUCUGUCGUUUUCAUGGAGUGGGAUAAAAUAUGGGCAUUUAACAAAAAAGUCAUUGAUCCAAUUGCUACUAGAUAUACUGCUUUAGAAUCUGAUAAACUUGUAUCCGUACAUAUAAAUGACGUGAAAGAGGAGUGGUUGACCGUUCAGAAUCAUCCGAAAGAUAUAUCAAAAGGAACUAAACAAAUAUUGGUAAGAUCACAGUUAUACAUAGAAAGAGAUGAUGCAAACUUAUUAAUUGAAGGUCAAAAUAUUACCCUUAUUAAUUGGGGUAACAUAUUAAUAAAAAAAAUUGAAAAAGAGAAUAAUGUUAUCAAACAAAUAAUAGCACAGCUAAAUUUAGAAAACAAAGAUUAUAAAAAUACAUUAAAAAUUACAUGGUUAUCAGCAUCUUCUGACAAAAAUGAAGAUGAUAUUAAUAAAGUUAAUCUAAUUCCAUGCUAUACUGUUUACUUUAAUCACAUUAUACAUAAACCAGUAUUGGGAAAAGAUGAUGAUUACAAAGAUUUUGUUGCAAAAGAAACAAGAAUUGAAGUACAAAUGCUUGGAGAAAUAGCAUUAAAACGUGUCGAAAAAGGAGAAAUAAUUCAAUUACAAAGAAAAGGAUUUUUUAGAUGCGAUGUACCUUAUGCUCCUAUUAGUCCAUUUUCUUCUAGAGAACAGCCUUUAAUAUUAUUUCACAUUCCAGAUGGUCAUGCUACAGAUACAAGAUCUACUGAAACUACAUCAAAUAUUAACAAAUUGACACCAGUUAAAGAAAUUUCUCAAAAAAAUAAACAAAUGCUAAAUGCAGAUUUACUGGAUCAAAAAAUUAAUCAGUUAUUAGACAAAAUACUGUCUAAAAUUAUUGAACAAACAGAUUAUAUACAAUAUAAACAUACAAUUGAUCCAGAAAUAAAAGCUUAUUUGACUUUAAAAGCUGAAUAUAAAAAUAUAACUGGUAAUGAAUGGAACAGAAUAAAAGAACAAAACAUAACACAAAAUAUACCAAUAGAAUCACAUGUUAAUCAAAAAUUAUUUAAUGAAAUUCAAAAACAAGGAGAUAAAGUAAGACAUUUGAAAAGUUCAAAAGCAGAAAAAACUAUUAUUGAUGAAGAGGUAAAGAAACUUUUAUCUCUGAAAUCAGAAUACAAAUCAGUUACUGGUCAAGAUUGGAAACCGUCUACUACUCCAGUAAGCACUGUACUGUCAGAAAAAAUACAAAAACAAGGAGAUAAAGUAAGACAAUUAAAAGAAACUAAGGCAGAUAAAAGUAUUAUUGAUCAAGAGGUAAAGAAACUUUUAGCUUUGAAGUCAGAAUACAAAUCAGUUACUGGUCAAGAUUGGAAACCGUCUACUACUCCAGUAACUGUACUGUCAGAGCAAAUACAAAAACAAGGAGAUAAAGUAAGACAAUUAAAAGAAACUAAGGUAGAUAAAAGUGUUAUUGAUCAAGAGGUAAAAAUUCUAUUACAUUUGAAAAAUAAUUAUAAAACAUUAACCGGUCAAGAAUGGAAGCCAAUAACAUCGGAUGUGAUGUCUAAAAAGAAAAAAGAGAAUACUUGUAAACAAAAGAAUACAUCGAAUAAAGAAACAAAUAAGAAUGAAGGUAUAAAAGAUGUAGAUGUUGGUAAAACGAGAUUAGGAUUAGAGGUAAAGAAAGAAGAAAAUUUCUUCGAGUGGUAUUCUCAAAUUAUUACUAAAAGUGGCAUGAUUGAAUAUUACGAUGUAUCCGGUUGUUAUGUUCUUCGUCCGUGGAGUUUUGCAAUUUGGAAAAUAAUAAAACAAUACAUUGACAAAGAAAUAACACAAAUGGGCGUACAAGAAUGUUAUUUUCCUAUUUUUGUUACACGUACAGUAUUGGAAAAAGAAAAAGCACACGUAGCAGAUUUUGCUCCUGAAGUUGCGUGGGUAACGAAAUGUGGAGAAUCAGAUUUAGCAGAACCUAUUGCUAUAAGACCAACAUCAGAAACUAUAAUGUAUCCUGCUUAUGCUAAAUGGUUAAAAUCUGAUACUGAACUUCCUUUAAAACUUAAUCAAUGGAAUAAUGUAAUAAGAUGGGAAUUUAAAGAUCCUAAACCUUUUCUGCGUACAAGAGAAUUUUUAUGGCAAGAAGGUCAUACUGCAUUUGCUACUAAAGCUGAGGCUGAUGAAGAAGUCAUGAUGAUUUUAAAUAUGUAUGCAAGAGUAUAUGAAGAUUUAUUAGCAGUACCUGUUAUUAAAGGUCGUAAAACUGAAAAGGAAAAAUUUGCUGGUGGUGAUUACACUACCACAGUUGAAGCUUUUAUUUCAACAAGUGGACGUGCAAUACAAGGAGCAACAAGUCAUCAUCUUGGACAAAAUUUCUCUAAGAUGUUCAAUGUUCAAGUAGAGGGUGUCACAGAAGGAGAUGAAAAAACAUUUGUUUAUCAAAAUUCAUGGGGCCUAACGACUCGUACAAUUGGAGUUAUGAUAAUGAUUCAUGGAGACGAUAAAGGCUUAAUAUUACCACCAAAUGUAGCUUGUAUUCAAGCCAUUAUAGUGCCUUGCGGUAUUACAGCAAAUACAACACCUCAACAAAGGGAAUUAUUAUUUUCUGAAUGUAAUAAAUUAUUAGAUGAAUUGUCGAAAGAUAAAACGCUUAGAGUUAAAGCAGAUUAUCGUAAUAAUCGUACUCCGGGUUGGAAAUUUAAUCAUUGGGAAUUAAAAGGUGUACCUAUAAGAAUCGAAUUAGGCCCUAAAGACUUAGAAAAGAAUCAAGUCACUUUUGUACGUAGAGAUAAUUUUGAAAGAGUAUUUGCAAACAGAGCUGAAGUAAUCACUGCUUUACAUACGUUAUUAAUUGACAUACAAGCAAAUAUGCUUUCCAAAGCAAGAAAAGACUUAAAUGAGCAUAUCAAGCGCACAGAUAGUUGGAAUGAAUUUUGUUUUUAUCUCAAUGAGAAAAACAUGUUAUUAUCACCAUUUUGUGGAGAAUCAUCUUGUGAAGAUAAAAUUAAAUGCGAUAGUGCACGAGAGGAUGCAGGAGAAGAACUUGGAACAUUAUCAAUGGGAGCAAAAACAUUGUGCAUACCAUUUGAACAACCACUCUCAUCAGUGCCUUUUGAUAAGCAAACAUGUAUACACCCUGAUUGUCAGAAUAAACCCAAAUUUUAUACCCUUUUCGGCCGUAGCUAUUGAAAUAAUUUAAUGUAAAAAAUGUGAGACAAUUAUUACAAUAAAAAUUUCUUUAA